AUGGGGUUCUUCAACAAGCGCAACACGACGCCCGUCGCCGCAGACACCACAACGGCAACCGGUGCUCACGAGAAGCGCGCCAGGCCUAGACGUGCUUCCAAGGGCGGCUCGUCCUCCUACAACAGCAGGCCUGGCUUCGGAUCAUGGAUCAAGGCUACCUGGCUCGACAUCCUUACCAUGGCCCUCAUGGGCGCUGUCGGUCUCGGUGUAUACUUCGCUGAUCCAGCCCCAAGCCGCAGCUUCCCCAUCAUCUUCCAAGAUGGAGAGAUUGUCUACCCGCAAUUCGCUUACCCUAUGCGGAACGAAAUUGUUCCCAUUUGGGCUGCCGCGCUCAUGGCGUUCUUCAUCCCCUUUGCCGUGUUCCUGAUCGUGCAGAUCCGCGCUCGCAGCUUCUGGGACCUGAACAAUGCUACCAUCGGACUUCUCUACGCUUUGAUCACCGCGGCUGUUUUCCAGGUCUUCAUCAAGUGGCUCAUUGGAGGUCUUCGUCCUCACUUCCUUGCCGUCUGCAAGCCUGUCAUCCCUGCCAACAUCCUUGACACUGUCGGCGCCAACGACAACGGUGUCGAAGCCGGUAGCGCCUAUGGCAACGUCGCAAAUGGGUACCGUCAGAUCAUGUUCGACCGUAGCAUCUGCACAGGUGACAGGAAAGAGAUCAACGACAGUCUUGAGUCUAUGCCUUCCGGCCACACCACGGCUGCGUUCGCUGGUUUCGUCUACCUGUACCUGUACCUCAACGCCAAGUUGAAGGUCUUUUCCAACCAUCACCCGGCUAUGUGGAAGCUCGUCGCUCUCUACGCACCCAUUCUUGGAGCUUGCUUGAUCGGAGGUGCUCUUACUAUCGACGAGUACCACAACUGGUACGAUAUCCUCGCCGGAGCGGUCAUCGGCACUCUGAUGGCUUUCAGCGCCUACCGCAUGGCCUAUGCCUCCGUCUGGGACUUCCGUUUCAACCACAUCCCUCUCAUGCGCCAUGCUCCUUUUGUCUACGGCGCCGGUCCAAGCUCUUUCGAUGGCUUCCACGACACCGUCUUCACUCGCAAGGCUGGAUGGGGUACAAUUGAGGGAACCAGCUGGGGCGGCGCACCCUUCGAUGCCGCAGAUGGUCCUAGGGGUACCAUGAUGCCGCAUCCUGACGGGCCUGCUCACGGCCACCACGGCAGCGCCUCGAGCCGCGUGCAGAGGAAGCCCGUUGGUGCUGAUAGGCAUGGUGAGCAGAUGGUCUAA